AUGUUCAUGUCAAGAUCAGAAUACGACCGAGGCAUCAAUACCUUCUCCCCCGAAGGCCGCCUCUUCCAGGUCGAAUACUCCCUCGAGGCCAUCAAGCUCGGCUCCACGGCCAUCGGCGUCGCCACCUCCGAGGGCGUCAUCCUCGGCGUCGAGAAGCGCGUCACUUCCACCCUGCUCGAGACCUCGUCGGUCGAGAAGAUUGUCGAGAUUGACCGCCACAUUGGCUGCGCCAUGUCGGGCCUCCAGGCCGACGCCCGCUCCAUGAUUGAGCACGCCCGCGUCGAGUGCCAGAACCACCACUUCAACUACAACGAGCCCCUCGGCGUCGAGAGCACGACCCAGGCCAUCUGUGACCUGGCCCUACGCUUCGGCGAGGGCGCCGACGGCGAGGAGACUAUCAUGAGCAGGCCCUUUGGCGUCGCCCUGCUCAUCGCCGGCCACGACGAGAACGGCCCCCAGCUGUUCCACGCGGAGCCUAGCGGUACCUUUUACCGAUAUGAUGCCAAGGCCAUCGGCUCAGGCUCCGAGGGUGCCCAGGCCGAACUUCAGAACGAAUACCACAAGUCCCUGACUAUUGUCGAUGCCGAGACCCUCGUCUUGAAAACUCUCAAGCAAGUCAUGGAGGAAAAGCUCGACUCCAAAAACGUCCAGCUCGCCAGUGUCACCAAGGAAAAGGGCUUUAGAAUAUACACAGAUGAGGAAAUGGCCGCCGUCGUCGAGCGACUACCAGCAAACUAA